AUGAUCAUCAGCCAAGCUGCUGUCGUAAAGCUCUCUCUCAUCCCCUCAACCCUUUUCCCAGUCAUUAGGCCAGCUUUUAUAUAAAGCACAAGAUGUCCGAGACACCCGUCCCAGCACAUACAAGAGCAGAAGACGUCCUGACAGAGAUCCGCUCAAACCUGCUAGAGUGCAAAGUGUGUUUUGAAAGCUUUUCCCUGCAGAAGCGAGACCAAACGGCUCGAAACCUUCCCUGCGGCCACGUGCUCUGUCUCAAAUGCGUCUGUGCCUUGUCCCACCCCGUCCAGCAGAAACUGGAGUGUCCUUUUUGUAGGAAACUGUGGGACGUUGGCAGCACCUCUGAAUGCCGUGCGCUCGCCGAUCUCCAGGAGAUUCUGCUGUGUGAAUCUCGUCCCAAAUUGUCCACUGAUUAUAGAGGAUGGAGUGAAAGCUUAGGUUUGGGGACGCUGCGUCUCCUUUCGGCGUUUGGAGGAUGGGGGACGAUGGUCAACCCUACUGGAAUGGCUUUGGACGAAACAUCAGGACAGAUCGUAGUGGUGCAUGAUGCUGAAAAACGAGUCGCUGUUUUUAAUCCACAAGGAACGCUUUUAAACACCUUUGGACGGCUGUCCAACAUCUGUUAUCCACUAGAUGUUGCGUUGACCAAAACUGGACACGUUUUGGUCACCGAUGCUGGUGAGCAGUCACUCAAAGUCUUUACGUCCAAAGGACGUCUUCUGGCGACCAUCCAAGGUUUCCAAUUGCCAUGGGGUGUUGAUGUGGACAGCCGUGGACGUGUUUUAGUGAGCGACGCUCUAAUGGGAACCCUAAACCAAAUUGUAAUGGACUUUUCUACUGGUGUAGUUUUAGCUAACCGAGUCGUUCUGAAAGAACUGACCCAUCCACGUUCGGUUGCUUCUUGCAGAGCUUCAGGAAACAUCGCAAUCGUGGAGCGACUGCAAGCCAGCUUCACGUUAAGGUUAUUCAAUAGUGACUUUGUUCCUUUGACGCAGGUGGAUGGUUUUGGCCUGAAAUUGAAGAACACUUUGAGUUUGGUUAUAUCUGCGGUGGCUUUUGAUAGAAAUGGAGACAUAAUUGUUGGGGACGUCCAAAAUGGAAUGGUUUGGAGUUUGGGAAAGCUGCAGAAAACCCCUGAGUUGACUCCGCUAGUGAGCGGACUGAUUCGUCCGGCGGCAUUGGCUGCGACAGCGUCGAAUGUGCUUGUUGUCUUGGACAGUGGCGAUCAUGUGCUCAAGUUCUACACCGAGGACGCUGAAGACUUGUAUUGUGAUAAAAAAUGAGUCGUUACUGUUGUAGUGUUAUUGAUUACAAAUUACAUGACAAAAAUUGUAGUUAGUAACGUAAUCCAUUACAUGUCUAGGGUAUUGUAACAGGAUUACUUUUGGAUUACUUUUGAACUGUGAUAUGCAAAUGUGUUAUUUAUUAACUUAUUAAAAUGAGCUGUGUAGAUUA